AUGACAAAAGGGAAGGUAAAUCAAGAAUCAUAUACUGAGGGAAUCAAGAACCUGAUUUGGGUGAGAGAUUUGAAGCAUAUAAAACCGACCCUCCUCGAAUCUGAAAAAGACUCAAGCUUUGAAGAAUCUAUGAGAAUCUGCAAAAGUGGGUCGUCGAAGGAAGACAAAAACAGCAAAGCCACCAGGUAUGAAGCUGUGACGAAGCAGAGAGGAACUGAGGAAGAUCCAGUUGUGAGAGAGAGAGAGAGAGAUUGUGAAGGACAAGCUAAAAGAAGGGUUAUUAUAAAGAGAGACACUGUUAAACUGAGGGCACUUGAGGAGAAGGAAGGAAAGGUUUCUUUUUGUAAGAAAAGAAAGGAAAUUUGGCGUAUUUGGAUUGGAGAAAAGCGAAUGGCACUAGUCGGAUUCUUGCGCUUCAUUUCUGUCAGAAAAGAUGAUUGA